AAAAGUAAACUUAAUGACGCGUUGACCGUAAGUGUUUUCAAAAUCUCUCCCCCACCAUUUCACCGUUGCGUAGAACAAGGGUUAGAUCCUUCCGCCUAAUUAAGCAGAAGAAAGGAAAGAGAAGCUUCAUCACCACUACCACUACUAGUACUAAUAUCUUAAUUUUUUUUCAACACCUAACCUCACUCCAAACAAUAAGAUUUUUUUUUUUUUUAUAAAAUCCCUAAAAAGAUCAGUUCAAAUCAAAGAAUCAAAGCCAAAUUUUGUUUGAUGCUAUCCUGUGUCUAGCUACUUUUGUCAUUCUGCCGUGCGCCACACAUGGGACGAGAUGUAACUGGAGCAAUCACCACCGCCCCUGCCGUUGUCACCACCACGGCAACCGCGACAGCCCCAGCCUACAGUGGAGGCGCGUCUGAACCUCAGUACGUUGCGGCCAAGACGUCAGUUUGGUGGGAUAUAGAGAACUGCCAGGUCCCCAAGAACUGCGACCCGCACGCGAUCGCGCAGAACAUUAGUUCUGCGCUGGUUAAGAUGAACUACUGUGGGCCCGUUUCCAUCUCUGCUUACGGCGACACCAAUCGGAUUCCUUCUUCUGUACAGCAGGCGCUUUCAAGCACCGGCAUCGCCCUCAAUCACGUCCCCGCCGGUGUGAAGGAUGCGAGCGAUAAAAAGAUUCUAGUUGAUAUGCUGUUCUGGGCAGUAGAUAAUCCUGCUCCUGCAAAUUAUCUGUUGAUUUCUGGCGAUAGGGAUUUUUCUAAUGCCCUCCAUCAGUUACGUAUGAGGAGAUAUAACAUUCUUUUGGCACAGCCUCUCAAGGCAUCCGCACCCCUUGUUGCUGCAGCCAAGAGUGUAUGGCUCUGGAUGAGUCUUUCCGCUGGUGGUCUUCCUCUUUCAAGCGGUGAAUCAUCUAAACUGGCUAAUGGUCACAUUGGUUUUAACUUUGAAAUGUUGUGUAACCCGAUUCCUGAAAUGGUUCAGUAUAGUCAACCAAUGGCUUUUAGUUCUGAAAAUGUUACAUUGGGGAAUCAAAAUGUUUUUCCCCAAAAUGUUUCUAAUGCUGGAAGGAAUAGUGAUAGCAAAUAUAAAGGGAAAUAUAUCAGGAAAACCCUGAAUCAGCCAAGCAUAUCAAGACCCUCUAGUGUGCCAACAACUACCAUUCCAGAAAAUGGUUACUCUUACCGGCCAGAGUAUGCACAGGCAAAGCCGUUUAAGAGAGCACCGCAUGAGAUUUAUGGUGGCAGUGAGCCAGCUGUCUCUGCAAGCAAGUCUUCUCCAAACUUCUUUCCUAGCAAUUCUCACUCUUCUGGGAGUAACAAUGGUAAUUUCAUGGGUGUUCAUCAGAAUCAUCAUCCACCUUCAUUGAGGUCGAAUAACCUUCCUCUUCAACCAGCUUUUGCACAAGAAAAUUUUCUACCCCCUAAUUCACAAAAUCAUGGUUUCUGCGCAAUGCCUCCUAGAGUUGAGGGGUCUAGAUUUCCAGCCCCACUUGCAAAUAUGCCUGAAAUUAGUAAGUUAAACAUCUCUGAACACUACACCUAUGCUCAAAAUCCUUCUAAUUAUCCUCAUCGAAUUGGAGAAGAGUUACAAACAAGCUCUACCAAGUCAUUGCCUAAUCAAGCUGACCUAAAUGUACUCCAAAAGAUUCAUGCGUUGCACAGUGGCCAAGCAAGUCAGCAUGACACUUCUAGUAAUAGAUAUCCCCAUGGUCCUGAAUUUCCACCUCAAUCAUCUUCGGCUAUUUCUAGUACUCGUAGCAAUGGCAUUUGGGGAGCUCAAGGACACUCACCACCUUCUGAAUAUAUGCAAGGUCUUAUUGGUGUUAUCUUACUUGCAUUAAACACACUCAAAAUCGAAAAAAUUAUGCCUACUGAAGCAAACAUUAUUGAUUGCAUUCGUUAUGGAGAUCCAAAACACCGAAAUACUGAUGUAAGGAAGGCUUUGGAUAGUUCAAUUGAGCAACAUAUGGUAUUGAAGCAAAGUUUAGGUGCAGUGCAGUUGUAUGUUAGUAGAAAUGAGAAAUUAUGGAAGUGUGUUAAUCCUAUUGGUGGGAAUCCUAAUCAGUACCCAAAGACAACGUGGGAAGGAGUACAAAAGUUUUUGUCAUCCUCUGCUGGACGAUCAGCAAUGAUGGCUUCUCAAUGCAGAUAUGAGGCGGCUUUGGCUUUAAGGAAAGCAUGCUUGGAAGAAUUUGCUUUAGGUGAUGUUCUCCAGAUCUUGAAUAUGAUAAUUGCCAUGAAGAAAUGGAUUAUACAUCAUCAGUCAGGAUGGCAACCAAUUACAGUUACCCUUCCAGAGACUAAAAUGGAAAUGGGUACUGGAACUGCUGCUUGACAUGAUCAAGAGUGGUUUUUGUACUGAAAGUGGUCCUAAGGUGGUGAAAGAUGGUUAGAAGUGUGUUUGGGGAAUUGGGGGUAAGAAAUAAGGGUCACUUUGGAAAAAAUUAUAAUCAAGAAAACUAGUGACGAAAGUAAGUAGGAAUAGAUCUUUAUUUUGUUAUGUUUUUUAAUUUUUUUUUUUUUGCUUUUCCUUUUAUUAUUUGCUGCAAGACUACAAUGGGAAGCUGCAGAAGGGGAAAAAGGCUUAUGAUGAAGAUGUGUUAGACUGGAAAUUUUCAGGAGCAGGAGCAAAGUAAUAAGUUCAUUCUUUGCGUUCUAGGCCUGCUUUAAAGAUUUUUUUGUGGCUGUGCUAUGCGGAUUUGGUAUAUUACAAGCAAUCCCUAAUAUGUUUGGUCGUUGCUGGUAUUGCUGAAUUAAUGAUAUGCUAAAGGCUUUCUUCUCGCCGGCACAAUAUGUUCAGAAUUUUACCGCUUAGGAUAGUGGUAAUCAUUUUGUUUCAGCAGAUAAUUCCAUGUUGCUUUAUCAGGUUGGGUCUAGUUUCAGCAUGUAUAUACCAUCUGCAGUAUCUCGAUUCAUAUUUUCAGACUCUUAUGGAAUCUUUUGAAGAUGUACUGAGGCUUCCAGAUCCUGUUGGACAGGUUCUUGGUCAAUUGCUGCAUAAUGGGGCUUAAUAGUUAAUGGAUAAGACAAAAGUAGCAAAGAUUGACGCAACCAUAGACGUUAUCAAAGCGCUCAAAUUAUUUUCAUCUUGGAACUUUGUUUUUGUUUGGAGGUUGCUCAGCGCUUGGCAAUCAAAUGCAGAACAUGGGAUUAUGAUUAGGGGGCCUUAUUCCUGGCAAUACGGUACCAUGGCCUUAAGUAUCAAGUAAAGUGAAUGUAUUAGCUUGAACUUUGUGUUAUUUACUAUGGAAAUGGUUGUAUCCUCGAUUCCAUUUAAUACACACUUGAAAAUGUUUUAUAUCUAAGUCUAACUUGGCUUGGCAAUUAGCUAUUUGUAUUCCGGUGGAUCCCAUAAUUGAACAUGCAAUUUCUGCAUUAAGUCAA